AUGUUAUUUUAUUAUUUCAUCGUUUUUGCUUUAGCCUUUACUCUGUCAAAAUGUGAGCCAGGGUCAUGUCCGCCUACACUCUCCGUGGAUAUUUGUGAAGCCCAAUGUGGUCCUACCGUGGCCUGCAAUUCCACCCAACUUUGUUGUCCUACAGCAUGCGGUGGUGCAAUGUGUGUGGAUCCAAUGACACAGAGACAUUUUGUCACACUAGAGAAGAAAGGUCGUUGUCCCGAAUACCCACGUGGGCCAUGGGUGUGCAGCCACACAUGUACUGGUGACUCGGAUUGUCCCCGCGCUCUCAAAUGCUGCCCCAACCGCUGUGGUGCUCUCAUCUGUCAAAAACCAGACCCAGACGACCUACCUUUAAUUUGA